CAGCAGCGCGCGCUGGGGCGCCUGGAGCGGAGGAGCGGAGGCGAGGAGCCCGGCACAGGGCCAGAGCAUGGGGUGAUGAGGACUAUCCUCUGCUGACCUCUAUGCAGAUGACCAGUGAUGGCCACAACAUCACCUCAACAUUUGUUGGAUGACAUAAACACAGAACAACAACAGGAGCAGCAGCAGGAAUUCCUGAGCUCGCUGGAGACGAUCGUUCUCACCAUCUUUCUCUCCAUUAUUAUCAUCAUGACAGUGUUUGGCAAUCUACUGGUCAUGGUGGCACUCUGCAGGGACAGACACCUACGAAAGAAGAAGACAAACUACUUUAUUGUGUCGCUGGCGUUUGCUGACUUGCUGGUUGCGUUGUUGGUGAUGCCCUUCGCUGCGAUCGAGCUCACCACCGGCCAGUGGCGGUACGGGGAGAUCUUCUGCCUGGUCCGAACGUCUCUGGAUGUCCUUUUGACUACAGCAUCCAUCCUGCACCUCUGCUGCAUUGCUUUGGACAGGUAUUACGCUAUAUGCUGCCAGCCACUGGUCUACAGACACAAGAUGACCCCAGUCAGGGUGGCAGUGAUGCUCAGCGGCUGUUGGCUCAUCCCCACAUUCAUCUCCUUCCUACCCAUCAUGCAAAGCUGGAAUGCCAUCGGCAUCGAGGACAUUAUUGAGGAGAGGCGAGCCUUGGUUGGAGGCUCCAACGACACAAGCUGUGUGUUUCUGGUCAACCGGCCAUAUGCCCUGAUCUGCUCUGCCGUUGCCUUUUAUGUUCCUUUAGCCCUCAUGGUCCUUGCCUACCAGCGGAUCUAUGUCACUGCCAUGACCCAUGUGCGACAAAUCGAGACACUGCAGCGGGCCGGCUCCGCUCCGGUCACCGGGACAGCUCCAGUGAUCACUGUGAGGUCCUCAACUUCCUCAGAUCCAUUGGAGCACUACCGCCUUAGGACAACAAAGAGCUCCUCAUCCUCAGAGCAUGCUCCUAUAGCAAACAGCCGCAUGCGUGUUGAGACAAAGGCGGCAAAGACGCUGGCGGUAAUAAUGGGUUGUUUUUGCCUGUGCUGGGCACCAUUUUUCAUCACCAAUGUGGUGGACCCCUUCAUCCAUUACUCAGUGCCCUGGCAGCUGUGGACAGCCUGGCUGUGGCUAGGGUACAUUAACUCAGGGUUAAACCCAUUCCUGUAUGCCUUUCUGAACCGGGCAUUUCGGAGGGCGUUUCUGGUGAUUCUCUGCUGUGGGGAUGAGCGGUACGCAAGGCAUGGGAGCUUCUCAUAUGGACACACCCACAGAGCCUGCUCAGCUGCAUCGGUCAACGGGACGUCUAUGGCACUGAGAUUGUCCUUCCUGCCAAAUCGGAGCUACAGCGACAACGGUCGGACGAUACUGGCCAACGAGCAAGAGUCCCAGGACUCUCUUGGGCCACUAUGAGGACGUCUUGACAGAGCUGUGACUUUAUCUGCUGAUGUGUGUGACCUGACCUCUUGUCUGACCUGGAUAUCCACUCUAUGAUUCAGCAUCAUAUGACUUUUUUUGAAUGCGUAUGUUGAUGCAGUCAAGGGUUAGAGUCAGAUCUGACUUAUGGUGACUCUGAAUGAGAAAAAAAUGAACCAUCUUGACCCAAAUUACUGGUUGUAGAGAGUCUGUGAACCAAAACACACUGCCAAUAUGUCUCCAGGUUCUUUAAAACCCAAAGAACUGUUCUUCUCAGUCAAACAUCUGAAUCACAAGGAAUGAGUCAGCGUCCAGCGCUACACAUCCCAGAAAACUACAACACA